AUGAACAGGGAACUGAGUGCCGCGAUAAGCAGAGGCAUUUUGGAGGCGGAGUUGAGGCGCCUGGACGAACAACAGUCGCCGGAUUGCCUGCUGCUUCUACAAAUCGCCUCUUUCGGUAAGCAGGGCGCAGACCUGGGUAGCGAUGAAAGCGCCGUUUCCAUGCUGACAGCCAAAAUUUUCGACAUUCAUACUCAAUCGAUCACAGGUCCAGAAUGGCAAAUGUACGUCCGAGAGCCUGACACCACCUAUCAGUCCGAGGCCUCGAACGAUAGUGAAAAGUUGAUGGAAGUCUCAUGUGGCAAAGGCAUGGGAAUUUCGGAGGACUGUUCCAAUUUUACUGGUCUUAAAGCCGCAGACCUUAUUGAUGCCCCGUCCCUAUUGGAAGCCUUGGAAUGUCUUGAUGAGUGGGUGAGGAGCCAAGGUCUCUGCCACGUUUGUGCUGGUGCUAAAUCGUCAGAUGUGCUAAAGAAAUGCCACUUUGAGUUAACUGUUGAUGGUGGAGCGGGUAUGCGAUUAGUUCUACAUCAAACUCUUACCCAAUCCAUGGCCAGUACCUACGCAAGAUUUCCCUACCUUUGUCGAUUCAUUGAUUUGAAGAAGGUCUUCAUGUUGGUCUAUCCGGAUGCUCAGUCGCCUCUUGCACUCACAGACAUGAUGCAAGAUUUAAAUCUUCCAACUCCUGAAUUUCCGCCAAGUCUCACUUCGGAACAAGCCAUUUGGCCUACUGUAGUUGUGAAUUCGUUGGUGAAGGACAAUUCGUUGUCCGAAAAGGAGACGUCACCGUACUGCCAGGAACUGGGCUACUGGCCUCGUCUCUACUGUCGCAGUAUGGCUAAACUCUGCGCCAAAAUGACAGCAGAUGAAGAAGUUUGCAACAAUUUUGACAGGCGAAAUACAGAAGUGGUGCCCGACGAUGUAGUAGUGCGAGCCCGCGGUCUGCCAUGGCAGACAACAGACGCGGAGGUGCAGCACUUCUUUCGUGGGCUCAAUAUUGCACCCGGUGGCAUCGCGCUGGUCCUCAGCAAGGCCGGUCGACGCAACGGUGAGGCUGUGAUUCGCUUUACCAGUCGUGAACAGCGAGAUUUUGCAUUGAGGAAACACAAGCACCACAUGAAUCAACGCUACAUUGAGAUCUACGCUGCUCAAUCAGCUGAAUUCUUUGCUGUUGCCCAAGGUGAGACUCACGAAGCGGAGGUAUACCUGAGCAGGUUUACAACUCCUUCACAGUCAUUGCUACGAAUGAGAGGUCUUCCGUACCUUGUGUCCGCCGAAGAAAUUAUCGCCUUUUUUGCAAAAGUCGACUGCCAAGUGCAAUUCGGGAGGGAGGGCAUUCUCUUUGUCAACCGCAGAGAUGGUAGAGCCACUGGUGACGCAUUUGUCAUGUUUGCAACAGACACAGAAGCGGAAAGAGCUCUCACAAAUCAUCGGCAACACAUUGGCAAUCGGUACAUUGAGCUGUUUAGAUCCACACCGGCUGAGGUCAAUCAGGUUAUGAACGCGGUUCUAACACAAUCAGUGGACAUCUUUCCUCGAAUGUGGCCUUCAACACAUGAACAGGAGAUUUUUUUCUCACAGACUGCCACCCCCUUGGCAUUUCACAAUCCACCUACGUUUAGAGGUGCUCCAAAAGGUCUCCUUCUACCAAGUCCCACUUUCCAAAUGCCUCUACUGAAUUUGCCACCCCUGACUAUGCCCACGCUAACUUCUCUCGGUGGUCUUCUACCCGGAGCUCUAAGCCCUUCACACAUUUCAACAAGUCAUCUGAUGCGAAUGAAGGGCAUGCCGCCGGGAACGACAGUCAAUGACAUCUUGAACUUCUUGGGUGUCUACUGGCAGGCUGUAAAUCUACACGGAAUCCACCUAAUUUAUACUGCCACGGGUGAACCGUCGGGAGAAGCCUUCGUACGCUUUAUCUCAGAUCAGGCUGUUCAAAUGGUGAUGGCGAACAAGCAGGGUCAGACCAUUACAAACGCUGCAACAGGAGCUCAAACAAACGUUCAACUCUCACGUGCAACGUCAGCGGAGGUUUUGGACUUUGUCAGCUAUCCAAUCACACAACCACCCCUGAAUUGGAACAACAAUGUCGGCUUCAGUGGUCAUGUCAAUUCUUACCAUCUCUUGCCGGGCUCUGAUGCCCUCUAUGCGCCUCUUUUAAUGCAUCUGCGGAGUGUCACCCCUUUCGCUACACCAGAAUUGUUCACUGAGGCUCAAAAAACUGGAGUUGCACUGCCCCCACCUCAAACAACCUCUACCGUCACAGUUGACACGGGCUUUCUCUGUCAAUCUGGCAUUCGAGCAGGUGUAAAACACAAAUCUUUGAUCUUCAACGUAGAGGAUGCUGCAGAAUAUUCGGUUUCACCGAAAGCACCGUCAAAACUGUGA